GAGCGAGCGAGCGAGCCAGUGUCCGGCGCGGCCGGAGCCCACCGGCCUGGGGACUGGGCUGCGGCAGGCCAGGUCGUCGGAGGCCGAGGAAGGGCAGGGAUCCCGCGGCGGUUGGCGUCCCCGGGCGGGGAGGCGGGCGCUGUCAAGGGCCCCGCACCCGGGACCCGCGGCGCCCUUCCUCCACGCAGCCCCCGCCCGCCCGAGGGAGGGAGGAAAACAGUGGGCACGUGACUCGGAAGCGUGACUUUGUUGAUGUCUGUGUGUCCGACGCGGGUCGGCGGGGUGGCCGCCAGGGAGAGAGAGGCGACAGCAGCUGGCCGCCAGGUGAAGAGUGAGGGACCCAAGCUGGUGCCCUUCUUCAAGGCCACCUGCGUGUAUUUUGUGCUCUGGCUGCCCUCGUCCAGUCCAUCGUGGGUCAGCGCCCUCAUCAAGUGCCUGCCCAUCUUCUGCCUCUGGCUCUUCCUUCUGGCCCAUGGCCUAGGAUUCCUGCUGACCCAUCCCAGUGCCACCCGCAUCUUUGCGGGGCUCGUCUUCUCUGCUCUAGGUGAUGCCUUCCUCAUCUGGCAGGACCAGGGUUACUUUAUGCACGGUCUGCUGAUGUUUGCUGUGACCCACGUGCUCUACGCCUCAGCCUUUGGCAUGCGGCCAUUGGCUCUUCGGACAGGCCUGGUGAUGGCAGUGCUGUCGGGCCUGUGCUAUGCUCUCCUCUACCCAUGCCUCUCAGGUGCCUUCACUUAUCUGGUGGGGAUCUAUGUGGCCCUCAUCGGCUUCAUGGGCUGGCGGGCUGUGGCAGGACUCCGGCUGGUCGGGGCAGCCUGGCGCUGGACCGAGCUGGCAGCAGGCAGUGGUGCGCUGCUCUUUAUCAUCUCAGACCUGACGAUCGCCCUCAGCAAGUUCUGCUUCCCGGUGCCCUACGCACGGGCACUCAUCAUGUCUACCUACUAUGCUGCCCAGAUGUUCAUCGCCCUGUCUGCCGUUGAGAGCCGGGAGCCAGUGGAAGACUACAGACAGAGCAAGGCCAACUGAAGGGCCAGGGUCUGGUUACCCCUCUCUCCUUCUGGGGCAGGGGUCCAGAACCUGCAAGAACUGGGUUAGGAUGGCUGUAGGCCUAAGCUGGAGGAGCAGAUACCACCUGGAAAAUGUACAAGUUUGAGGGGGUAAGCAGGAAAAGGAUCUCUCUAGCAAAGCUCGUGGUCUGAAACAAUUCUGAGAGCCAAAAAGAGCCAGCCUAAUUCUCCUUGAGCCAGGGCCAGAAUUAGACCUCUCCCCACCUCUUACCCCACCGGGACUGUCCAAGCCCCUCUGGAGGGUGAUGGUGCUCCAUGUCUUGACCUCCCCCCACUUCUACUAGAUGGAAGAGUCUGACUUACACAUUCCUGCUCUUUCUCAUCUGUACAGAGUUGAGGGAAGAGAGAAGUCUGAGCUGAGAUGACCCAAACCCAGGGCUUGAAGCCCCUUUUGCAGGCCCCUAGUUGGGAAGAUUGGAUGAGGAUGGAGUCUCCCUUUCCUUCAUCCAUCCUUGUUACUUGAACAAUCUCCGUUUCUAAGUGUUGGGUGGGAAGGUGUAGGGGCGUCUUGUUGAGGUAGGUGAGCCUAGGGACUUCAUUGGCCUGGGAGUUUGGGUGACCAAGGAUUUAAGUUGGUCCCAUCUCUCUCAGGGGCUAGCCCAGAGUGCAGGCCCACCACCACCACCCUUAGACCCUGUCCCCAGGGCUAGAGUGAACCAUGCCAAAGGAAGGGGCCAGCCUGUAUGUGUGUACGUGAGUCUAUGUGUAUGUGGUCUGUCUCCCCAGCCUGUCUGUCUUACUGUGCCAUCUGUCUCUGUCCUGCUGUCUAAGUCUUAUAGGGAGAGGGCCUCAGGGAGUUGCUGAGAGGGUGCUGAGCCUGGCUUAGAGAGCUGGGACCCUACCCUGCCUCCAUCAGUGCUUUUCUGUCUGCCCCUUCUGCACUGGGAGCCAGAGGAGGGGGCUCCAAUGACAUUCUAGGGUCAUAAGACCUAAGGCACAUUCAAUGCAAAAGGAGCAAGGAUGGGACAACUCCAUCCUUUGCUGCUCAUGUGAAAAAAAAUUAAAUAAAAACCAAGGGCCGUUGGCUGCCCUCUUGUC